GAACAUUCAACGUUGUUCAAAUCUCUUACUGAUGAGCAACUGCAAGUGUAUGAUACGAUAAUGCGGUCUGUAGAUGAAGAGGUCGGUGGUAUAUAUUUUGUUUAUGGGUACGGAGGUUCAGGAAAGACAUUUGCGUGGAAGACCCUUUCUGCUGCAUUAGGUCUAAAGGGGAGAUUGUUCUUAAUGUUGCAUCGAGUGGUAUUGCAUCUCUUCUUUUCCCGGGUGGACGUACGGCUCACUCUCGAUUUGCAACACCGAUAAGUCUAAAUGAAGACUCGACGUGUCAUAUUAAACAAGGAAGUCCGCUGGCCAGGCUCAUUGUACGCUGUAAGUUGAUUAUAUGGGACGAAGCUCCAAUGUUACAUAGGUUUUGUUUUGAGGCAUUGGACCGGAGUAUGAGGGACAUAAUGCAGUUCCAUAAACCAAAUCGAUGUGCUCUUCAAUAUGGGGGGAAGACAAUGGUUUUUGGUGGGGAUUUUCGGCAGAUGUUGCCGGUGAUACCGCAAGGGAGUAGACAGGAUGUCGUGAAUGCUACCAUUAAUUCAUCAUAUCUUUGGUCAGAAUGCACAGUGCUCCGCCUGACCAAAAAUAUGUGCCUGCAGAACGUGACUAAUCCAUCAGAUUCUUACGAUUUGAAGGUAUUUUCAGAUUGUAUUGCCAGCAUUGGUGACGGUGUUGUUGGUGAAAUGAAUGAUGGCAAUGUUCGUAUUACUAUUCCUGAAGAUCUAUUGAUACGUACAGAUGGAGAUCCUAUAGCUACGAUUGUAGAAAGCAUAUUUCCGGAAUAUGUUGAAUCUGCAGGUGAUAUUAGUUGUUUGCGGGAUCGUGCAAUAUUGGCACUGACGCUAGCUGUUGUUGAAGUUGUUAAUGACUAUAUGACGGCACUUAAUGUUGGCAAAGUUUCAAAGACAUGUCUUAGUUCAGACGCUGUUUCUAAGGUGGAUUCCACGAGCGAUUUUAUGGCGGAGUUGCACACGCCUGAGUUCUUAAAUAGUAUCAAAUUGUCUGGUGUGCCGAAUCAUGAAUUGACAUUAAAGGUAGGGACCCCGGUGAUGCUUUUGCGAAAUAUAGAUCAUUCAAUGAGAUUGUGUAAUGGAACAUGUCUUAUUCUAACGAGGCUUGGUGAUCAUGUUUUGGAGGGGAAGAUUUUAACCGGUGUGAGCGUCGGACAAAAAGUUUUAAUUCCAAGAUUGUCCUUGACACCAUCAGAUACCAGCUUGCCUUUCAAAUUUCAUCGGCGCCAAUAUCCUGUUAUGAUUUCAUAUGCUAUGACUAUAAAUAAAAGUCAAGGUCAGUCAUUGUCGCGUGUUAGGUUGUUGUUGAAAAAACCUGUAUUUACCCACAUACAGUUGUAUGUUGCAAUUUCGAGGGUGACCAACCGAUGUGGUUUGAAAAUUCUGAUUGUUGAUGAAGAUGAGGGAACCACUAACAAGACUCAAAAUACAGUAUUCAAAGAAGUUUCAA